AUGGUGACCCUGGGCGUAAAGAGAGUACGAGAGGAGAGCGCCUUGUGGAGAGAGCUCUCCAGCAUUCAAAAAGUCAUUAGGUUGAAUUUGAACUCCCGAAUGCGUCUCGUUGACUUCGUAGAAAAGUAUCGAUUCGGGAGACCGCCGCAUUCCCUGCAGUUUUUUGUGUGGAACGCAAUCUUGGUUUCGGCCGUAUCGUAUGGCGCGCGCAUGUGUCCCAGCAGAUGUGAGUGUCGCGAUGACGAGCUGGCCGUGGUAUGCCUCAAUGCCCAGCUGGACAUGGUGCCUUGGACGUUGCAUCCUCGGCUACGCAGUUUGAAUUUACGAGGCAACAACAUCAAACAAGUGAGCCGUUCGUUUUCGUUUUCCGACUAUUCAUCGCUCCGGGUCCUGGACCUCUCUCAGAACCAGCUGGUGGACCUCCACCAGCGAUCGUUCGCGUCGCUGCUCGCUCUGGAGAUUCUAGAUUUGAGCAAGAACAUGAUCGCCGGACUCAGCAACGGCACCCUCGACGGAUUGUCCCAUUUGGAACAACUCCUUCUCGCGUACAACUACAUCGACGAAAUUCCCGCGGGAACCUUCCGCGAGCUGACCGUGCUCCAGCGGCUCGAUCUCUCACACAACCGAAUCAAAACGUUGCGUGACCCCGACACUUUCCGAGGCUGUGGGAAGAAGCUGCGGGUCCUGAGUCUCCGCAACAACCAGCUCACAUCGGUGCCGACGAACGUGUUCGGGCCCCUGGCCGAGCUGGCGGCUCUCGAUUUGGGUCGGAACGACAUCAAGCUCGUCUCUUCGGAGGCGUUCCUUCCGUUGCGAACUCUGGAAGAACUCCGUCUUGACGGCUGCAAGCUGACGACGAUACAGCCGGGCGCCCUGCGCGCCCUCGGCGGUCUCCGGGUCCUCCGACUCGAAGACAACGAUCUCAAGGACACACCAUCGACGAGUUUCUCGGAUAUUCCUCGAUUGGAGGAAAUCCACCUGGGACAGAAUCCUCUGAGCAAUUUGAAAGAGCGCGCAUUCCAGCAUUUGCGCCACCUACGAACGCUGAGCGUGGAAAGUGCCACCGAAUUGCGCAGCGUCGAUUCGAACGCGCUCAUCGACAACCAACAGCUCGAGAGCAUCGUCCUCUCGCGCAACGUUAGAUUGAAGAGCCUCGAUUCCGCAACGUUCAGACCCCUGUCGCGACUCCGGAGCGUUAAUUUGCGCGGGAAUGGCCUAUCUCACAUUCCCGUUGAUUUACUAUCGGCCGUUUCGUGGGACGAUCUCAUCGAGCUCGACCUGCGGGACAAUCCGCUCGUCUGCAACUGCUCCUUGCGAUGGCUGCUCAACAAACGCAGACAGCAGCAGCAAGCAACACCUGUCAAGGUCGCAGGUGUUACAGCUGUCGCAUUCUCAACUGCCAGCUUCAACUCUAGCCUCAGUUCGCCUUUCGCCAACGAGACGACAAGGAUUAAGUGCGCAGGACCCUCUCAUUUAGCAGGUCUCUACCUAGACGAGUUGCCCCAUGAGGACUCACUUGAAUGCAACGGAUUGCCACGAACUCUACGAUUCGCGCUGCUAAUUUCGGCCGUCGCCUUGUUGUCGAUAUUCUCGCUCUCGGUGAGCGUAUAUUGCUGCUUGAAGCAUCGGCACAGAAUUCCGUGUGGCCGGAAAAAGCUCUCGCCGAAAUCACCCCAGUCGGACCACAAGCAAGUAGCAACUCCCGAAUGGAUGGGCGCACAGCAACUUGAAAAGUCCUCCCACGAAUACCUGUACGGUCAGACGCGGCUUCCGAUCUCGACGCAAUCGCGGGAACAGCUGUCGGACAUGCAGGACGGAGCUGGGGUCUACAUUUGUCAACUGUCAACGGGGCAGCGCCGACCGCCGGUGCGCCUGGUGCAGCAGGGUCCGGAUCUGUUGGACCUGUGCCGACCGGAUACGAGGGGCGACGGUUUCACGAGCGUUCCGAGACAGCCGGGGCGCGUUACUUUGAAUAACAGCCGGACUUCUCUCCAACAGCAGCAGCAGCAGCAGCAGCAAAGUCGAUCGCACGCGCGACCUCCGCAGCCUGAGCACAGGGACGUAAACCCACCGUUCUGCUACUACUUCGAGUAG